AUGAGGACAGAUUACAAGGCAGUGAUGAUGAUAAAGAAGAGAAACGAUAGAUGGGUUGUGUCUGGUGUUGUAGAAGAACACAAUCAUAAACUUGUUUCCCCAAGUAAAAGGCACAAUCUCCGGUCAUUGAGAAAAAUAAGUAGUAGCCAAAAACAGCAAAUCGUGAACUUUAGACUAGCAGGCGUUAAAACAAAUCAAUUGAUAAACUAUUUGGAAGUUGAGAAUGGUGGAGUGAAUAACAUUGGGUUUCUUCCAAAAGAUGCUAGAAAUUAUUUGAGUACAAAAAGGCAGUUGGAGCUAAAAUAUGGAGAUGCUCAAGUUGUACUAGACUACUUCGAACGCCAGCAAAUGGAAAAUCCAUCAUUUUUAUAUUCAAUUCAAGUUGAUUCAGAAGGCCAAAUGACUAUUUUUUUGGGGGACUAUUACUUUGAUCCUAAGUCAAGGAUGGACUAUUACUAUUUUGGAGAUAUCGUUUGCUUUGAUCUUACUUAUAGUACAAAUAGAUAUGACAUGCCAUUUGUUCCGAUAGUAGGAAUCAAUCAUCAUCAUCAAACUGUUUUAUUUGAUGCCGCUCUCCUUUAUUCCGAAAGUGAAGACUCGUUUGAGUGGGUAAUGAAAACAUGGAUGAGGGCAAUGCACGGCAAAACACCAAAGGUUAUACUUACAUAUCAAGAAUCAACUAUUGGGGGAGCGAUUGCAAGUGUUCUGCCAGGUACGCGUCAUAGAUAUUGCUUAUGGCAUAUUAGCAGAAAUGCUAUGAAAAAUUUAUCUAAUGUAAUCAAAGAAUUUGUUUCGGAGUUCAGCAAUUGCUUAUAUGGGUAUGAGACAGUUGAACAAUUUGAGCAUGGUUGGACGACAAUGCUUGAGAAUCAUGAACUGCAGAACAAUAAGUGGUUGCUAAAUUUGUAUGAAAAACGUGAAUAUUGGGCCUCAGUGUAUACGCGUGAUACACAUCUUGAAGGUUUUGUAGUUGAGAAUAUUCAGAAUCUUCCAUCUCAACAUGUCUUAAAACGGUGGACAAGAGAUGCUAAAUCUGGAACUGUAGUGUUCGACCAGGAUGAAGAAAUUUCAGCUGAUCGUCGGGAUGCAGUUACAAUUAGAUAUAGUAAACUUUGUCAAGAUGCAAUAAAUAUUGUAGUUAAAGGUUCUACAUUUGUACCAGUAUAUAACGUCGCAGUUCAAGUAUUACAAAAGGCCUUAGAAGAUAUCGAGAAAGCGAUAAAAGACUCUCAAGUAAAUGCCGAAAGUCAGUCUGAUGCAAUCCUAAAUGAAAAUAAUAGAAUGCAUGUGGAAAAUGUCGGAAACCUUACAAACGCUAGGAAGUUAGUGGGUGAUCCACCUAUUGUAAAACGUAAAGGCAAAAAUGGAGCAAUGAAAUCAUGGAUUGACAAGCUUAACAACAAGCGGAAAAGUAAUGAAACAAAAGCAAGAAAGAAAUUACGGGAGUCAACAAGGUUGGAACCAAAUGAUGUAAACACUCAAGAAAAACAACCGAGGAUAAAGAAAAAGCGGAAAAGCAAAGAUUCUUUCAGAGAAAUAAACAGCCAACCCGAAUCUCUCCAUGGUAUGUUUUGA